CGGGGAGACCGGAUAUAGUGAAUGCAGGGUCCGGGGAGACCAGAUAUAGUGAAUGCAGGGUCCGGGGAGACCAGAUAUAGUGAAUGCAGGGUCCGGGGAGAGCGGAUAUAGUGAAUGUGAGGUCCGGGGAGAGCGGAUAUAGUGAAUUCAGGGAGAGCGGAUAUAGUGAAUGCGGGGUCCGGGGGGAGAGCGGAUAUAGUGAAUGCGGGGUCCGGGGAGAGCGGAUAUAGUGAAUGCGGGGUCCUGGGAGAGCGGAUAUAGUGAAUGCAGGGUCCGGGGAGAGCGGAUACAGUGAAUGUGGGGUCCGGGGAGAGCGGAU